AGGUGCCCUCACAGCUGCAUUGCUCGGAUACGCUGUUCACCGGACGGUGCUCCAACCACACGAAUCUCUGGCUAAAAAUGCUGAGUGGUUGGCUGCGCUUUUGCUACUUGUCCCAGCACUCCCCGCGGCUGUCAUGCGGGCACAAAUAGGCUCGACUCUGCUAGCUUCGCUGGUGGCGUAUUCCGCAUACUACUGCUCCAUCCUACUAGCUACCAUAGCAUACCGCCUAUCAUCAACGCACCCUCUCACUAUCUAUCCGGGACCUCUGCUUUGCAAAGUGACGAAGCUAUGGAUGGUCUACACAGCAAACACGGGGAAGUUGCACGAGUACACGCGGCAACUGCAUGCUACAUAUGGACCCAUCGUUCGCAUCGGUCCCAACGAGCUGUCCGUGGUAGAUGUAGACCUGCUGUCCCGUAUCUUGGGUUCCGAAGGCAUGCCCAAAGGACCUCUUUGGGAGGGCCGCCGGAUCUCCGGAAAGAGGGGCGCAGGCGCGAAGAACAAUCGCGGAAACCUCAUCGGCAACCGGUACAAGGAUCGUCACGCAGAAGCCCGAAAGACGUGGAAUCGCGCGUUCACGCCAGCUGCUAUGAAGGACUACGAACCCAUCCUGGUGCGCAGGGCGGCACAGCUGGUCGACGAACUAAAGCAAAAAGGUGCAACCGGAUCGGUGGAUCUGUCGUUAUGGUUGAGUUACUGCAUCUUUGACUUCAUGGGCGAUAUGGUGUUCGGAGGUGGAUUCGAGCUCAUGCACGACGGCGACAGAGAUGGCAUCUACCGUACCAUGGUUGCAGGUCUGCACCUACCUGCACUUACGCAGCAGAUUCCUUGGGUGGCGCCUGUACUACCAUACCUGCCUUGGGUCGGCAAGCACAUGAAGGCUUUAGGCCAGUUCGCGUUCAAGUGUGUCACCAAGAGGCUACAGGAGGGCUCAGUAACGAAUGAUCUCUUCUACCACCUACUCGACGAAGUGCCCAACCCGGAAAAGCAGACACCAUUCCCGGUAAUCAUGACAAACGCAGUCACAGCGAUGCUCGCAGGCUCGGACACGACUGCGGUCGCACUAUGCAACACCUUCUAUUGUGUCCUCGCCCAUCCAGACGUCUACCAACACCUCCGUGAGGAGGUCGACGCGGCAUUCCCGCCUGGCGCCGGCGAUCCCGUCGACGCGGCUAAGCUUUCGAGCCUCGAAUACCUCAAUGCCGUGAUUAAUGAGAGCCUCCGCCUCUACCCCUCCAUCCCUACAUCCUUGCAGCGUGCACCCCAGCCGGGCACCGGGACACACCAGAUCAGCCCCACCCUCGUCAUCGACGAACGCACUUCUAUCCUCGUCCCUCCAUAUGUCCUACACCGCGACUCGCGCUACUUCUCACCAGACCCCGACCGGUUCUGGCCCGAGCGUUGGCUGCGCAAGGAUGAUCCCGACGUCGUCACGAACACGAGCGCGUUCGUCCCGUUCUCGAGUGGCCCGCCUAAUUGCGUAGGGCGCCCAGUUGCGUUGCUUUCGAUGCGGAUGAUAUUAGCGUGGAUGGUGCGGAGCUUUGAGAUGCGGUUGGUGGAGGGCUAUGAUGUAAAACAGUGGGAGAGGGACCUGAGGGAUUAUUUUGCGUUGCAAAAGGGCCCGCUGCCUGUGGUUCUCAGAUCGCGGGGUAAUAUGUAGUACCAGUUGUUGAGUUAUGGGGUUUUCUUGCCAGCAGCGGGAUGAAGUUGAGCCUCACAAUGAGC